AUGGCGACACCCACGUCGCGGCCGUCGAGCAUCGUCAUCGACGACGCCAAUGGUCCUCUAGAGGUACCUACGUCUCCAGUGGCAGCCAUGGAGGACUUGUCAUUGUCCCCCACGCCUCAGGUUGAGGAAGAGGACGACGCGAACUACGAUCUGGCGUCUGCCUCGAAGCUCAUCCCGCUGUCCAUGACAGACUCAGCCAGUGGCGAGCGUCCGUUGCCGUCGCUUCACUCUCCGCUUAUGUUCCGUGACGUGCCUUUCGUGGGGCUAUUCGUGGUGCAUCUAAUCCUGAUGAUGCUCACCACCGGUGGCAUCCGCACGAACGGCGAGCGUGAGGAGCUCGAAGAAGAACGCCGUGAAGUCGUGGGUGGCCUAAAAGACUUAGACGACCACUCGAGCGUGGGACAGGAUGACGCGGAUGUGGGUGUGGCAUUGCGGUCUCUAUGUGUGGUGAACGUGCUGUUCGCGCUGGGCUGGCUGCUGCUAUUUAUUUUCUACUCCAAGCUGCGCUUCGUGCAGGGCUCGUGCAUCUUUUCCAUGGCUGGACUGUCGGCUCUGGCGGUCAUGCUUCUUCUGCUUGAGUCAAGUAACGGUAUGUUCUGGGGUAUCGUGUGCACGGGCGUCGUGGUAAUGGACCUGGUGUGGUACACUCGCUCGAACCACGGCCUCGACUUCGUGGCAGUUUUCUUCGAGUUGGUUGUAGACUUCUUGGUAACUCACCCGGCCCUUGGAUACGCUACGUGUGUCGUACUUGUGGCUUACACUAUAUGGGCCAGCUGGAUCUGUACGACCAUUGGAAAUGUUGGACGAGAGGUAUCGCCCUGGAGCUUCUCGAUGAUCUAUCUGGUCUUUCAUUUUUAUUGGAUGUCCAAUAUCUUGAAGAAUAUCAUCACGAUCGUGGCCUCAGGUACGACUAUGAUCUGGUACUACCGCAACGAGUCGACCGAAAUAUCGCCCGACAUUCGCGAAAACAUAUCAGAAAACAACGAUUCUUCUUGUGGUGACAGGAAAUAUCAAGCACAGCAAUACUCAAGUACUGAUUAUCUUGAUCGGACGGUGGUGCUGCACUACGCACGCUGCGCAAUGUCAAGUUCAUUUGGCUCAGUUUGUAUUGGCUCACUGCUGUGUCCACUGGCACAUCUUGUGUGGAAUGCUCUGCGCUGGGCUCGUCGAGACGAGUCGGUUCUCUCGCGACGAUUUAUGGCGCUGCGCUCAGAGCGGGUGGAGCACUUCAUCCGCACGUAUCACAAAUAUUCCUUUGUGCACAUUGCGGGCUACAACAAGCCUUAUUACGUAGCAGCACACGACGCUUGGAAGCUGAUCGAACAUCACGGCGUGGAAGCAAUUGUCGAUGACGAUCUAACCAGUCGCAUCUUGCUGCUCGGUGGCAAUGGAUGGGCUGGCGUCAUGAGUGCGUUGACGGCGUCAGCUCUAGCUGGUGCGUCCUCGCACGCGAUCUUCUUCACGUUGGCGUCUUUCACGCUGUGCUACACAACCAUCUCACUAGCCACACAAGUGAUCGCGGCCGUCAUCAAGACACUGUUCGUAUGCUUCGCCGAGAACCCAGGACGACUGAGCCAGUUGCACCCGCUCAUCUACCACCGCUUCGUGAGACUCGCCGAGCUGAAGAGCUUUCGCGACCACAAGGCACCUGCCAGCACACGCGAAUAG